AUGUCGGAGCCCACUAUGAAUACAAUGGAACACAACUCUAACGACCCAAACACCUCUAAUAAACGCAAACGCGAAGCCAUGGACACUGGUGACGUCCAGCGUCUUCGCUCUGCUCAUGGCGGGCCUAAUAAUUUCGAUGUCAACAUCCAAGCCACUGAAAACUACGGCUAUGAUGCUCACGGAAUGCCAAACAACACCACAGACCUGAGCCACAUCGAUCAGCAACUUCUGCAGGCUGUGGGCAACCAGAAUGGCGUCUCUGACGAGAAUGCCAUGACUGCGAAGGCUGCACUUGCUGCUCAUCAGCCCGAGUCCAAGUACCCGCCCCCCGAGCCAUCCUUUGAUAGCAACGGUCUCGGAAACAACCUUGCCUUCGGCCAGGAUGUUGGCCAGGUUUCCAUGGGGGGCGUUCAGGGUCACACCUCUACUGCUGCGGCCGUGUAUGCUGCACGGGAGGCUCAGGCUCAGGCUGCCCAGCAGAUCAGUCCCAAGCCGACCGUCGGGUCUGUCGAAUGGCACCAGGUUCGAAAGAACAAUCAUAAAGAAGUUGAACGUCGUCGUCGUGAGACAAUCAACGAAGGUAUCAACGAGAUUGCCAAGAUGGUUCCAGGCUGCGAGAAAGCCAAGGGCUCGAUUCUCCAGCGCGCCAUCCAGUACAUCGCCAAACUCCAGGAAGACUCUAAAGAGAUGGCUGCCCGUUUCGAUACCACCAACAUGACCACUAACCAGGCAAUCACCGAAAUCAGUACCCAAAACGCCAAGCUCAAAAAUGAAGUCAACCUCCGCAGCGACAUCGCUGCAAAGUGGAUUCAACGUUGUCGUGAUGCUGGACUCAACUUCGAUGAUUAUGACGAUGAAAAGAGCCUGGGCAAGCUUCCAGUCGAUGAGUCUCAUAAUAUUUAA